GGUUCCCUACAAAAAUGUAACCAAAUUUAUUUUUAUAAUGCCAACUUGACAUAUGGUAUGAUUAUCUUAUUGCUCCAUCCACAUCUUGCAUCACAUUUUCCCAUAUAAAUUCAUGGCAAAUGAACUACUACUAGUACUUAAAGAAGCAGGUUCUCACCUUCAAAUCAAAGAAGACACUAACAAUGGGAAUCUGCAGAAAUAUGGACACACGAGUAAGGGUACAAAGAAAACUUGGAGGAAACAGAGCUGCACUAUUUGUAUAUGCUAUGGAAGGUCUAGAGAAUAUGGCAUUUGUUGCCAAUGCAGUGAGCUUAGUAACUUACUUCCUUGGGAACAUGAACUUCAGCUUAACAAAAUCAGCCACAACUCUAACCAACUUUAUGGGAACUGCUUUUUUACUACCACUUGUAGGAGGAUUUAUUAGUGAUACCUAUUUGUCUAGGUUCAAGACUUGUGUUCUGUUUGCAUGCAUGGAAUUGUUGGGAUAUGGUAUCCUAACAGUUCAAGCACGUUUCCAACAAUUGAGACCAAUUCCCUGCAAAGAUAAUAUGAACCAAUGUGAUGCAGCAACUGGAAGCCAUGCUGCUAUACUUUAUACAGGACUAUACCUUGUUGCAUUAGGAACAAGUGGUGUUAAAGCAGCUUUACCAGCCUUAGGAGCUGACCAAUUUGAUGAUAAAGAUCCAAAAGAAGCAUCUAAAUUAUCAAGCUUUUUUAAUUGGUUCUUGUUUAGUCUUACCUCAGGAGCAAUACUUGGUGUUACUUUCAUUAAUUGGAUUAGUACUAACAAAGGAUGGGAUUGGAGUUUUACUGUGAGCACAUUAGCAGUCUUAUUCUCAAUUGUGUCCAUUUGCAUGGGAAAAUCAUUAUACAGAAACAAUACUCCAAAGGGAAGUCCUCUGAUUAGAAUCAUACAGGUGUUUGUGGCAGCCUUCAAAAAUAGAAAACUCCAAAUUCCAGAGAAUGAAAAUGAAAUGCAUGAGAUCCAAGAAAAAGAAAAAGAGGACAAUUAUGAAAGCCUUAAAAGGACAGAUCAAUUCAGAUUCUUGGACAGGGCAGCAGCAAUUGGUAGAGACAGUACAACAUCAUGGAACCUUUGCACAGUGACACAAGUAGAAGAAACAAAAAUCUUAAUCCGAAUGCUACCAAUAAUAUUAAGCACCAUAUUCCUAAACACGUGUUUAGCACAGCUUCAAACUUUCAGCAUACAACAAAGCACAACAUUGGACAGAAACAUCUUAGGAUUCAAAAUGCCAGGACCAACUCUCCCAGUUAUUCCUCUAUUGUUCAUGUUUUUCCUAAUCCCUCUAUACGACCGAAUUUUCGUUCCAUUUAUUCGAAGAUUCACAGGCAUACCAACCGGAAUUCGACACCUUCAAAGAAUUGGAGUUGGACUAGUUCUCUCAGCUAUAUCAAUGUUAAUAGCUGGUUUUGUCGAAACGCGUCGAAAGUCAGUAGCCACUAAACACAAUAUGGUAGAUAGUAAUGAGCCUUUACCGAUGAAUGUGCUUUGGUUAGGUUUGCAAUAUGCUAUUUUUGGUGCUGCAGAUAUGUUUACACUUAUUGGACUUCUAGAGUUUUUCUAUGCAGAAAGUUCGGCCGGAAUGAAAUCACUUAGUACAGCAAUUUCUUGGUGUUCUGUUUCUUUUGGUUUUUUUACAAGCACUGUGGUUGUUGAGAUUGUUAACAAAGUGAGUGGAGGGUGGUUGGCUAGUAAUAAUUUGAAUAGAGACAAGCUUAACUACUUUUAUUGGUUAUUGUCUAUCAUAAGUGUUGUAAAUUUUGGAUUUUACUUGGUUUGUGCUUCUUGGUAUAGAUACAAAACGGUUGAAGACAAACAAGGUGGUUCAAAUGAUGAUGUUGAGAUAGUUAAGGUUUAAUUUUAGAUUACUAGGACUAUUUAAUCUACCUGUAAUUUAUAUGUUUAUG